GAGAAUAGUUGUCAACGUGGCAUGCAUUAAGAAUGGUGUGUGGCGGUGUGAUGCACAAAUAAUCUUGAUUAAUAUCUAUAUGUCUUGGUGUUUAGGGUGCCAUGGCAUAGCAAUGUUUUGCCACCUCAGAAAUAAAAAAUGAGUGAAAGUGAAUAAUGAGGAACAUGAAGAAGGGGUGGUGGUGGAGGACACGGUGGCGCUAAGAGAAAGAGGGAAAAGCAACUUCCUUUUCAACCAAAUAGUGCCAACGCACACUCUUAACUCUUUCCCAUAACCACCCCACACCAUUCACAGAUGCAGCAGAUUCUCUCUAAGACUUCAUCUGCCAUGGCCACUUUUCCUUGUUCCAGGGUGAGAAGUGGGUUGUGCGUGUGGCCAAAUGUGAGACAAAUUUGCUUUAGAAAAGGCAUUCUGUAUGGAUUUAUGCGAUUGUUUUCUACACCAUUGAAAACGCUGCGUGGAGCAAGUCGCACGCUGAGGGUGGCUCGAUUUUGCAGUGUUGUGAAUAUGUCUUCCUCGUUGCAGAUUGAAUUGGUACCUUGCCUGAAGGACAAUUAUGCGUAUCUUUUACAUGAUGUGGAUACUGGUACGGUUGGUGUUGUUGAUCCUUCUGAAGCUGUGCCUGUCAUAGAUGUCUUGAGCAGGAAAAAUCGAAAUUUGACUUACAUACUCAACACUCACCAUCAUCAUGAUCACACUGGUGGAAAUGUAGAAUUAAAGGCGAGAUAUGGGGCAAAGGUGAUUGGUUCAGGAACUGACAAGGAAAGGAUUCCUGGCAUUGAUAUCUAUUUGAAUGAUGGUGACAGGUGGAUGUUUGCUGGCCAUGAGGUGCGUGUAAUAGACACACCUGGUCACACCCGAGGCCAUAUAAGCUUUUAUUUUCCUGGAUCUGGGGCAAUUUUUACUGGAGAUACUUUGUUCAGCUUGUCAUGUGGCAAGCUGUUUGAAGGAAGCCCUCAGGAGUUGUUUACAAUGUCAUCCAUGUUGCAGAUGAUGUCUUCUCUUAAAAAGAUCAUGUCCCUGCCAGAUGAUACAAAUAUAUACUGUGGACACGAGUAUACAUUGAUGAAUACAAAGUUUGCAUUGUCUAUAGAACCUGAAAACAAAGAACUUCAAUCCUAUGCUGCUCAUGUAGCUUACCUUCGAAGUAAAGGCUUGCCUACGAUUCCCACCACAUUGAAGAUGGAAAAGGCUUGUAAUCCAUUUCUUCGUACAUCCAGUGCUGCAAUUAGGCAAUCAUUGAACAUUGCAACCACAGCAAAUGAUGCAGAAGCCCUUGCUGUCAUACGGCAAACAAAGGAUAAUUUUUAGGAUUUUUUUUUUUUUUAAUUUAUAUGGUUUAAGUCUUGAAACUUGUUCUAUAUAGGGUUAGGGUAUGAAUCCAUCUUUGGAAUAAUGUGUGUGCUUGAUGCUAUCUUUUCAAUAUGAUUUCAGAAUUUUGUUCCUGAGUUCA